AUUUACAAUUAUGCGGUUUUUUUUAAGCAAUUUCUCGGAAAGUGCAACCCCUGCAACUAUUACGUGGACCGUUAGCUCACUCCACGUCUCUUCUCUCGCACGCAAAACAUUGUAAGUAUAUACAUAUUUCUUCUUCACAAAGCAAUAAAAAGCUUUUGUUCUCCUUCCUAACACCCAAACAACAUGGCGCAAAUAAACCUUUCCCUUUUUUUUCUUCUCCUUCUCCUUCUCGUUCUUCUUUCUCCUUCAUGUUCCUUUGCGAAGAUUCAAGUACCUUCGGACAGAUAUAACCAAGCGGAGACGUUAAUUCGUGAGCUCAAUUUGUUUCCUAAGGAAUCUGAGAAUAUUGUUGAUAAGGAUCCAUUUUUAGCUACCGAAGCUUCUGGAAUCUUCGAGAAGCGAUUUGUGUUUCCUAAUUUGGAUAAUUCGAGUGUUACUAUUGAAGAUUUGGGGCACCAUGCUGGGUAUUAUAAGAUUAAACAUUCUCAUGCUGCUAGGUUGUUCUAUUUCUUCUUUGAAUCACGCAGUAGUAAGGACGACCCUGUUGUCAUCUGGUUGAGUGGAGGGCCUGGUUGCAGUAGCGAGUUGGCUCUUUUCUACGAAAAUGGGCCUUUCUCUGUUUCAAAAAAUUUGUCACUUGUGCCGAAUCAAUAUGGGUGGGACAAGGUAUCAAACCUUAUCUAUGUGGACCAGCCUACAGGUACUGGAUUCAGUUACAGUUCUGACAGACGUGACCUUUGUCACUCUGAAACAUGCGUUAGCGACGACUUGUAUGACUUUAUUCAGGCUUUCUUUGAGGAGCAUCCAGAGCUUUUAAAGAACGACUUCUACAUAACCGGAGAAUCAUAUGCUGGGCACUAUAUUCCUGCUUUUGCUGCUAGAGUACACAAAGGAAAUAAGGGUAAAGAAGGAUUACAUAUAAACUUAAAGGGAUUUGCCAUCGGGAAUGGGCUUACAGAUCCCAAAAUACAAUAUCCUGCAUACACUGACUAUGCCUUGGACAUGGGAUUAAUUUCGAAGUCUGACCAUGAUCUUAUCAACAAACUACUUCCAGUUUGUGAAGUUGCAAUAAACCUUUGUGGCACUGAUGGGAAGAUCUCUUGCAUGGCGGCUUAUUUGGUGUGCAAUUCUAUAUUCACUGCUAUCCGUGCACGUGCUGGGGCUGACAUAAAUCACUAUGACAUCAGAAAGAAGUGUGUGGGACGACUCUGCUACGACUUCUCAGACAUGGAGAAAAUGCUGAAUAUGCGAUCUGUUAAGCAGGCUCUUGGCGUUGAGGAUAUCGAGUUUGUCUCGUGUAGUACUACUGUGUACCAGGGCAUGCUUGUUGACUGGAUGAGGAACUCCGAAGUAGGAAUUCCAGCCUUGCUCGAGGAUGGAAUAAAGCUGCUUGUUUAUGCUGGAGAAUAUGAUCUUAUUUGCAACUGGCUGGGUAACUCAAGGUGGGUUCAGGCCAUGGAAUGGAGUGGUCAGAAAGAGUUUGUAGCAUCUCCCGAAAUCCCCUUUGAAGUUAAUGGUUCUGAAGCAGGAUUGUUGAGAAGCCAUGGGUCUUUGAGUUUCCUCAAGGUUCGUGAUGCUGGACACAUGGUUCCAAUGGAUCAGCCUAAAGCUGCCUUAGAGAUGCUGAAGAGGUGGAUUGGAGGCACCCUUUCUCAGCAGACAACUGAGACGGAAAACUUGGUCGCUUCAAUAUGAUUUCUGAUUACUCUUUUCAUGAUUUUCAGAUAUCUGUAGAUGUUCAACUCUAUCCUGAUGUUAGGUGGCCUCUUUGACAACGACUUAGAAUGGGUGACCUUUGUCAAAACUUUCUUUACCCACUGUGUUUGAACGAAGCAAAGACAUCUUUCUGGAUCGCAUUGAGACAUGAUAAAACAUUUGAAGUCAAAAAGGCAUUUAGAAAAUAUCUGUAUCUUAUUGCUAAGGGUCAGUGGGAACCCACCUCUCUACUUUCCAAGGUAGGGGUAUCUAAGGUUUGCGUACACUUUACUCUCUUCA